CCGGGAGGCCUCACGUGAGGGCCGCGGCCGCCGCCGCCCGCGCAGCCCGGGGUGGUGUGUGGGGGACGCCGCCCCCGGCAGCAGGAUGAAACGAGGAGGAAGAGAUAGUGACCUUGACUCACCUGAAGAAGGCACUGCAGAGAAACCUAAGAAACUGAGGACUGCACAUGAAUGUUCUCAACCUUGUGAUUGGGGUAAUCUGCUGCAGGACAUUAUUCUCCAGGUUUUUAAGUACUUGCCUCUUCUUGAUCGGGCUCAUGCUUCCCAAGUGUGCCGGAAUUGGAAUCAGGUGUUUCACAUGCCUGACUUGUGGAGAUGUUUUGAAUUUGAACUGAAUCAGCCAGCUACAUCUUACUUGAAAGCUACACAUCCAGAGCUGAUCAAACAGAUUAUUAAAAGGCAUUCAAACCAUCUACAGUAUGUCAGCUUCAAGGUGGACAGCAGCAAAGAAUCAGCUGAAGCAGCUUGUGACAUACUAUCGCAGCUUGUUAAUUGUUCCUUAAAAACACUUGGACUUAUUUCGACGGCUCGGCCAAGCUUCAUGGAUCUACCAAAGUCUCACUUUAUCUCUGCACUGACAGUUGUGUUUGUAAACUCCAAAUCCCUGUCCUCACUUAAGAUAGAUGACACCCCAGUAGAUGAUCCAUCCCUUAAAGUGCUAGUGGCCAACAACAGUGACACACUCAAGCUGCUAAAGAUGAGCAGCUGCCCUCAUGUCUCUCCAGCAGGUAUUCUUUGUGUGGCUGAUCAGUGUCAUGGCUUACGAGAAUUGGCCCUGAACUACCAUUUGCUGAGUGAUGAAUUGUUGCUCGCACUGUCUUCUGAAAAGCACGUUCGCUUAGAACAUUUGCGCAUUGAUGUUGUCAGUGAGAACCCCGGACAGACACAUUUUCAUACCAUUCAGAAGAGCAGCUGGGAUGCCUUCAUCAAACACUCACCCAAAGUGAACUUAGUGAUGUAUUUUUUUUUAUACGAAGAAGAAUUUGACCCAUUCUUUCGUUAUGAAAUACCUGCCACUCAUCUUUACUUUGGGAGAUCAGUAAGCAAAGAUGUGCUUGGCCGUGUGGGCAUGACCUGCCCGAGACUAGUGGAACUGGUGGUGUGUGCCAAUGGGUUACGGCCCCUUGAUGAAGAGUUAAUUCGCAUUGCAGAACGUUGCAAAAAUUUGUCAGCUAUUGGGCUGGGGGAAUGUGAAGUCUCAUGUAGUGCCUUUGUUGAGUUUGUGAAGAUGUGUGGGGGCCGCCUGUCUCAGUUGUCCAUUAUGGAAGAAGUGUUAAUUCCUGACCAAAAGUAUAGUUUGGAGCAGAUUCACUGGGAAGUGUCUAAGCAUCUUGGCAGGGUGUGGUUUCCAGACAUGAUGCCUACUUGGUAAGGAUUGCAUGAUAUGGGGCAUGAUGAAUAAAUAGCACCUUAAUUUUAAGAAACUGUAUUAUAAUAAAAGUGUAUUUGCUCUA